AUGAAAGUUGAAGUAUGGCAGAAGACCGAAAACAGGGAACUUUGGAGACAAGUGAAACGCUGCCCUUUAUUGAAAAGCCAUUUGUAAUCGCGGAAAAGUUAAAAGAAUCCAGCAACGAUGAAACGGAAGGAGAAGAAGAAUGUAAAGACACUUCUUGUGGAUUCUGGGUUUUCAGGGGUCCUUUUAUGCAAAGAUUUGCUACUGAAAAGAUGUACGUUAUCCUCUAUGGGUUAGCUGGCUGUGUGAUGACAAUGACCUUUGCUUACUUCAACGGCACCAUUACGACCUUGGAGAAGCGCUACAAGAUCCCAACAAAGACUUCCGGCAUUAUAUCGGUGGGUAAUGACAUAAGUACCAUGUUAACAGCCGCUCUCCUGGGCUAUUAUGCUGGAAACGGCCAUCGACCCCGCUGGAUGGGAAUCGGAUUACUGACCAUCGUGGCCUUCUGCCUGCUAACCAGCUCCCUGCAUUUUCUCUACGGCGCUGGCGAAGAUGCCCUCAAGUUGACCCGGGAAUUCGGACAGGUUAACGAGACCUUGGCCAGGCAAGAAAGGGAUAAGAAAUUGUGCCAGACUGGGGCAGCAGGAUGUGUCCAGGAGGAGGGUCAGUGGGUGCCGCAGGUGUUCCUAUUUGUGGCCCAACUCAUCUCGGGAGUGGGCCAGGCUCUUUUCUAUACCCUGGGCAUCGCCUACAUGGACGACAAUGCCACCAAGUCCAAGACACCAGCCAUGUUAAGCAUGUCGACAUUCCUGAGGAUGCUGGGACCAGCUAUUGGCUACUCCUUGGCUGCUCUCUGCCUGCGUCUGUACAUUGAGCCCUCGCUGGAGCCACUGAUUGGCCGGGAGGAUCCGCGAUGGCUGGGCGCCUGGUGGCUGGGCUGGCUAGUCCUGGCUGCCGCGACCUUGAUCUCUGCCCUGCUGCUGUUCAUGUUUCCCAAGGAGCUGCCCAGUUCGAGAAGGAGGCGGCUGCAACUGAAGCACGCGGAACGAAGGCAGUCACUGCCCAUCAAGGAGCGAUCCUUUGGCGACAUGAUGAAAACAGUUAGGCGGCUGGCGAGGAAUAAGGUGUAUGUCUACAACACCAUGGCCUCCAUUCUCUACUUCUUCGGCUACAUGGCCUACUGGAUAUUCACGCCGAAGUACAUCGAAACGCAGUAUAGGCAGUCGGCGGCUACGGCUACGAUGGCCACGGGAACGGUGGCCCUGGGAUUUUCCGCCGCGGGAGUCCUCAUCUCCGGCUACGUGAUCUCCAAGUACAGGCCGAGUGCCAGGUCAAUGGCCUGCUGGAAUGCCAUUGUGGAUUUCGUGACGGUCGCGGGAAUUCUGUGCUAUGUGGCCAUCGGAUGUGAAGGUAGCGACAGGCUGAAUUCCCUGACCACCUUGUCCGCUGGAAACAGCUGCAGUGCGUCCUGUCACUGCGACUAUGUGCACUAUGCCCCGGUCUGCAGUCCCGAUAACAUCACCUACAUCUCCGCCUGCCAUGCGGGUUGUACGGAAAGGACGAAGGAUGCCUUGGGAAGGACCAUUUACACGGGUUGCCAGUGCAUGGAUUCUUCCAGCCUGAUCUCUGGUUCUGAGGUGGGUGAUAACCAGUCAUUAGGUAACUAUUUUAUUUAUCUCCCUUCAUUUCAGUCCCAAUUCGCUGUAGACGGAACCUGUCCAGUCGACUGCUUCAACGAGUUCCUGGUGUUUCUGGCGGUGAUGUGCUUCCUAAAACUCGUGGGAGCAUCUAGUAAAUCAACGAAUCUGCUCAUCGCCCUGCGCUGCAUGCCCCCGGAAGACAAGACGUUUGCUCUGGGAUUGGGCUCCAUGGUAGCUUCUUUACUUGGAUUUAUUCCAAGUCCUAUUUUCUUCGGCUGGCUGAUCGAUAACUAUUGCUUGGUGUGGGGCAAGACCUGUACGAACAAGGGAAACUGUUGGCUCUACGAUACGAAAUCUUUGAGAUACGCUUUAAAUCUAACAGCCGCAUCUUUUAUAUUUUUGGGCGGCUUUCUCAAUAUUUCUGUUUGGUAUCAUGCCAAGAAUCUCAAGAUAUUUGAUGAAGAGGAUUUACCCAAGGGCGAUUCCAAUAAUAAGGAAGUCGAAUUGAAAACAGUGGAUUCCAAAUCUCCAGAGAAUUAA